CUGCUCACUCACACCCACACAUGCACAAAGACUCCUACUCAGCGCUCUAAUUCUAAAGCCACAGUGUUUGUGUCUCACAUUACCCAUCAUAUCACUGACCAGGAGUUGAGGGAACACUUCCAAGUAAUAUCCAGAUACCGCUACCUGGCCCACCUCUCUCAGUCCAAAGCAGACCCCUCCCUCAACCACACCCUCUACAAGCGGGCCCUGGCACACCACCCUCUAGACCAGCAGCUCUGGAAGAACUAUCUCAACUAUAUAACCACUAGCUUUGGUAAGGUUGGAUUGGUCGUUGUCUCUGGUUGCAAGCAAUCACUUCGUAAUUGUCCGUGGGUGGUCGACUUCUGGAUGAGCUACACACGAGCACUGGAGCGGGUCCAAACCAAUCACGAGGAAAUUGUUGCUGUGUUUGAGAAGGGCUUGAAGGGCAACCUCUCUGUGGCUGCAGACUAUCUCAAGUUGUGGACUGCAUACUGUGACUACCUCCGGAGACAGGUACACACGCCUCUCUCACCUUUGACCCCUAAGGAGGGCGUGGAGACGGCCAGUCCUAAUUUGGUGGAGUUACGGAAGACAUUCUUUUAGCUUGAGACAGUCUUGAAGCAUUAUAUGGUAAGGAUGGUGACCCUACAGACUCUCUCUCUCGUUACCAGGCCAGCCUGGAGGCUCGUUGCUAUGACAAUAUGGAGACGGCACGAGCGCUCUGGGUGGAAGUGAUGAGUAGACACGGAAAGCAGGCACAGUACUGGAUAGAGUACGCUAGCAUUGAGAGGUCCCAUGGCGACACUGCCAGCUGUCGUAAAGUGCUACAACGAGCGUCCAACUCUGCCAGUGAUGACCCGGAGAUGGUGUGUGAGGCACUGCUACAGUUUGAGAGGCGACCUCCAGUCAUUUGAGGGGGCGUUGGUGAGGUGUGAGGCACAGCUGGACUGUGUACGAGCGAGAAGGGAAAAGGCUGCUGAAAAAGAUUCUUUCAAAAAGGAUGAUCUAAAGAAGCACAGAAAGAUGGACAUAGGAAAGGGCAGAGUCAGCAGCAGAGAUGAGGGUCAAAGUUUAGGCCGUAAGAGACCACCUCCUGGUAGAGAAAUGUCAGAUGAUCAACAACCGGCGGUUAAGAAACAGAAAUUUGUAGCAGAGACUGGCAUUGUACAGUUGCCCAGUAAGAAGGUUCCAACAGUGGAGGCAGCAAAGGUUGAGACAGAGGGUCCGAAGGAGGCCAGGACUGUGUUUGUGAGUAACCUGAGCUUCAAGGCCACCGAGGAUGAACUCAGGGAGAUAUUCACACCAUGUGGACUAAUCGCUGAGAUUCGGCUUAUCAGGACACGUCAGUCUAACAAGGGCAACGUCUACGCCUACGUAGAGUUUGCGACCCCUGACCCCGUGGCCAGUGCACUGGGGCUUGACAAGACGGAGAUUGAGGGACGUCCGAUGUACGUCUCACAGUUCAAGGAGAAGGGAAGACCUGUGUCUAGCCUGGGGGACAAGACACCUCAGCGCUCUGACUCUAAAGCCACAGUGUUUGUGUCUCACAUUGCCCACCACAUCACUGACCAUGAGUUGAGGGAACACUUCCAACAGUGUGGAGAGAUCAAAGAGGUUCGACUGAUCAAGAACAGAGAGGGAAGAUCGAAAGGUUUUGCUUAUAUUGAGUUCACUGAUGAGUCCUCGGCCAAUGUGGCUGUCGCUCGACUCAACAACAGUGAUGAGCUUGGAAUGAAGAGGAUGAGCGUGGCCAUUUCCAACCCUCCCAAGGGAGGGUCAAAGGGCACUUUCGGGGGACCUGAAACUGAGACUGGGUUUAAGCGUCCGACCUUUGCACCCAGAGAUAUGCAAGACAACAACCCAAUAGUGACAAGUCGGCGUAAGACCAACAUCCCUCUACUCCCAAGAGCCCUGGCCAAGAGAGCAGUCAGUGGAGACAAGAGAACACUACUAGUAGUACUAGUGGUGAGGGGAACAAACUAUCCAAUGACGAUUUUAGAAAAUUACUAGCCAAGAAAUGAACCAACUUUUUGCACAUUUACUAUGUCUUGCUUUUUGCCUUUGUUGUGUACUGGACUUUGCAGAAUCUUUGCAACACACAUAGAGUAGAGCCUUUUAGUGGCAAUGUAAACUGUGGUCAAACAAUGUAAAAUCAUCAUUUAAUGAUUGUAGCAGAUUUGAAAAGUCUCAGUAUAGCUAGCUAUGGCCUAUUCGUGUGAAGAGAAGAGAUCUAAGUCAUACUCCUCAGAUUUAAGAUGGAGAAUGAUCUAUCAAGUAGAAGUAGUUAGUAAUACUAUGUAGAUCUACAUGUACAGACAGUGUUUAGAUAAUUAUGUUAUCUUGCUUAUUAUGCUGUUUUGUAGGGCUUGGCAGACAUUGAUUGUUGAAACACUUAUAUGAGUUUAAGAGCAAAAUUUCCCGGGGUAUGCACCCAAUUAGAUGCAUAUAGCUGUACAUGUACAACGAAACCCUGCUCCAGAUGUCCAUAUACUGGCUGCUGGAAUGUGUAUUUAUAAGCUGGUUGUCUUGUCCUAGCUAGCUAUAUAGGUGGAAUUGUAGAUAUAGAUCAGGUAUAAUCGGACCUGUUUAUUGGAUCUCGGCAACUAAAGUAGCUCGAUCAGUACUAUAUAGUGUGUCACUGAAUGAGUAGUCAUCCUAAGAUUACCUUAAUCAAAGGAACACAGUGUCUUCAAUGGCCAGCUCAACUCAUGGUGUUGAAUCCAUGGAGAGUACUGAUCGUACAACAGGAGGAAAUAUGCUCUCUAUUGACGAUCUGCAUCAUGUUUUAAAUAUCCUUAUUGAUGCUAGACAUAAGUGGUACAACAUUGGGCUGGCUUUGAAUGUUCGUGAACUUACUUUGAGAAAAAUACGAGCUAAUUUUCAGAGUUUGGAGUGUAAGGAUAUCGAUUGUCUACGAGAGAUGUUGUCUCAUUGGCUGCGAAAUAGUCGAUCGACAACCUGGCAGAACAUCAUCCGAGCUCUUUGUUCGCGAUCUGUAGAUCAGAGAAAAAUUGCUGAGAAUAUAGCCCAAUCCAAAGGUCUCACUGCACCAGCUGCUCAGAAUCCAAUAGCGUUCAGUGCAUCAGAGGAUGUAUCACAACCGACUGAACGUACUCUUACUCAACAGCACAGUGCUAGUAUGCCAUCAUUGGGUGGUGAUUACAUGUCCUUUGCAGGAGAUGAGCUAUCAAGGGAACAUCGUGCCUCUUCAACUGCCUCAAUGACCUGCAAUCUCAACAACCCAACUCAUGCUGGGCCCAUUGAUUUCCCCCAUAUGUUGCGAUGGAACAAUCCGUGUGAUAUUCAAGCUCUUGAGAAAAUAUCCAGCCCCAUCAAUGCUGCAGUUCACGAUGACACGGCAUACUUCAGGCCCUAUCAGACCAGGAAAAUCUAUUUAUACAAUUUGACGAGGGGAUGGUCAAUAGCAGCUGAUUGCCUUGUCAGAGAUACUUCUUUGGUUGUGCUGCCUGUUCCUUACAAACAAGCUGUUCGUUUCCUUCUUCACACAAUCGGUGGAGUCGAGCGUAAAAUUCAUCGGCAAAAUAAAAACGAAGAAGAAUACACAGAUGCUAUUUAUCAGUUGACCGAUCCUGCUCACAGAGAAUGGACACGUUCAAUUUACCCAAAAUUGAGGACGAAACGAAGCCAGGUGACAGUUGUGUUUAGCAAUGGAUGCCUAAUCAUAGUUGGGGGCAACAGUGCUCAUGGAAUAAUACAAGCAGUCGAUGUUUUGAUCGUUACAUCCCAAAACAAGGUAUGGCGUGAGGUUGCCUGUCUUCCUUAUAAAGUGUUUCGUGCUUCUGGCUGUGUGUGCAAUGGCAUGCUUUACAUACUAGGAGGAUACGUGGUUAGAGAGGGAGAUUUUGUUCCAACAAGGAAUGCUUGUGUAGCAACAGUGUCGGAACUUGUUAAAUCUCACACCAACGAUCAUGACAUAGUCAGGAAAAUACAAAGUCUGGAAUUUAAACACGCUGCAUGUGUGUCGUUUCGCAAUCAUGUAUUGGCAAUUGGAGGCUCGAAAUUUGAUACGGAGACACAUCAGCAAAAAGGGGUGAAGCUUGUCCACGUCUAUCACACUGGUGAGAAUGUUUGGAAGGAGCUGAAAGGUCAAUUGUCUGAGCCUCGAUGUUUAGGUUUUGCUGCUGCUUUUGAAGACAAGAUAAUGACUGUUGGAGGGUAUAAUAGACCUAAUGGAACAUGUACUGAUUCUGUAGAGUUUGCAAUCAUUUCCUAAAAGCAUUACUUUUGUGCUCUUACUUGUAUUGUUUCUAAUGUCAAGACCACAUUCUCUAUUGCGCAUGUGCAAAUUAAUUGUCAUGCGGCUCA